UAUUGCAGGGGGAGACGCUCACCGUCUCCGUCACAGAAGACUAGGCGUGAGGAGACAAAGCCGUCUAUCCCCAUCAGCUUCCUUUCUCUCCAGGCCGGAGCCGACCCCUCAAUCCCCUCUUCAUCCUCCGCGUUAGUCAUUAAUUGAUAACAGGGAGUUAUGAGGGACCCUGUGAGUAGCCAGUAUAGUUCCUUUCUUUUCUGGAGGAUGCCCAUCCCAGAAUUGGAUCUGUCGGAGCUGGAAGACCUGGGCCUGUCAGAUAUACCCACCUAUAAGAUGAAGGGCAGCAGCGCUGGCAAAAUGAGCGGGCAAGCAACUGGAGCAGAGCAGGAGAAAAGCCCUGAAGAUGAUACCCUCCUUGAGUACAGCACCUUCAACUUCUGGAGAGCGCCCAUUGCCAGCAUCCACUCCUUUGAAUUGGACUUGCUUUAAGGUCAAGACUGCUCUCUCCCACCAUCGUACCCUCAUUGUCAUUGCCUCUUGAACCCUCCCUUUCUGUCCCGUUCCCAUUUUAAUAUUAUUCACUUCCCUCUAUUGUGUUGGUGGUGCUGAUGAAUCUGCCAUUGAAUUGUAUUUAUUUAUUAUUUAUUUAUUUACUUGCCUACCUACUCCACUUCUCUCAAAAGCUCUCAAGCCACAGAGGGUUUAAGCAAUGGAGUACUAGAUCAUAGGAAUUCCUCCUCAGUCCCCAGGGGUUAUUAACUGACUCUAGAAAACGAUCCCUAUUGGGCACCAGAGAGUAGUACCAUUCUGCAAAGUGGAAAACUGAUUUUUCUUUUUUUUUCAAAUUCCAUUUUAAUCAGUGUCAAAGAUUACUGGAACUUUUCUAGUUUCCUGCACCAGGCCAGUAAGCAAAUAUUUUUUCAAGAGUUGGUGAAAACCUUGAAGUUUUGAGAUGAUUUACUACAAACCAGGAUUUCUAAAAGGCUAAGGUAAUAAGUCCUAUUCUUGUGGUAUGUUCUCUUCCCCCAGAAACUUGGGUGUAGUUAAAGAUGAAAAGCAAGAGGAAGUAAUACAUUGUGGAAAAUGAAAACGGACAAUCAUUGAAUCAUUUCCAAGAUGGCUAAACAGAGUUCCUUCAGCCUGCUCACCUCACAGCUUUGCUUCCAACUGUUUGAAAACUCAGAAAAUCAGUUUUCAGUGUUAAAGAAGAAACCUUGCUAUUAGGGUAAUUUGUAAAAGGCUAAUAAAGAGUUCUAUGAUCUGAAGAGAAACUAGAGUAUUAGGAUAAUUGUUGAGGGUUUGGUCCUUGCUUUCUCAUACUUGCAGUAUGUGAUAGAGACCAAUGGCCCCAGGCACAGUUCUUCAGCUACCUUAGGAUCAUGAAAUGAGCAGUUCUAUCAAACCCUACACCUGUCCCCACUCCUUCCAAAAUCAUUGCUGAUUUGUGCUGCCCCUUACUAUUUAAUAAAGAUGUGAAGUCCCAA